AGGACGACCUAUUCGAUGGGUGUUUCUGUCAUAAUUUGUUGUUUAUGUUGUGCUGGUUAGAUAAGACAAUAUGAGUCUCACGUGGUUAGUUUUCUACCUUUGUAUCAUUGCAGUGUUUCUUCUGAUCCUGUCAAAAAUAUGUGCAAGUAUACUCUCCAAGGUGCUGAGUCAGCUCCUCAAGAAAGACCUGAGCAUCAACUACAUCGGGUUCUUCUCGCUUAAGAAUGUCUCCGUCCAGCUGCAAAACAGUAGUGUGGAUUUUGAUGAUAUAUGGAUUUCAUGGCGUCUGUUCAAUCCCAAUCAGAGGUAUCGAAUGGUUCUCCAUCUUGGUGAUGUCAGAGUGCGUGCUGAAACUCCCAGUGAAACGGAACAGUCUUCCCAACAUGCUAAAGCCAGCAAGAAGCCAGGCAAAAAAGGUUCCUCCUUCCUGGGAUCUACCUAUGUCAUAUCAGCCAUCCGCUUCAUUUCACAGAUGAUGUGUCUGAACAUUGAAGCAGUUAACAUCAUGUUGUUGAAUGCCAUGGGCACUGAUUCCCUGCUUCAUGCCACCAUCAAGAAUGUAUGCCUAGCUGCUACAGCACUCACAGAGCAAGUUGUCUCAACGGAUCUAGAGGUCAAUCAGAUAACUUUCAGGAUGCUUCGCAGUGCCAAACAGGAUGCAGGUGAACAGCCUCAUAUUGCUCAUGCCUCAACCAGCUUGAAGAUCUCCAUGCAGCUAGACUUAAUUAUGAAGACACUUGUUGGCAUUUCAAUAAAUGUUGGCAAUCCACGAGUAUCUUUACAUGAUGGUUUCAUGACGCAAAUUCUUCCAACUUUACCAAAGAAGAGAGUAGUUGGAGAAGUCACAGAUCCCUCAGCAGCCCAGCAAGAGAAACCCACCAAUGACAAGAUAAGAAAUAUCGUACAGAAAUUACCCAGGGAUGCCAAAUUACAGAUUGACGACAUUGACUGCCAAGUGACGCUUCAAACUGAGCAAAGAUGUCUGAGUUUAAAAACCAAGCAGUUAUUAGUGACUGCUGAUAUCAACUGUGAUAAACUGAUAGCCUGCACCAAAGCAAAGGAUGUUCUCUUGCCAGCCAUCUCAUGCUUGAUGAAGCUUACAGAUGUACAAGUGAACAACUUACAGUCAGACAAGUUACUUUCAUUGACAGACAUAUCCGUAUCUUUACAGCUACGUGAGGCAGGGAUAUACUCGGACAUAGCGUUGAGACAUUGUCACAUCCUACAUCAUGAUGAGGAGAUCAUGUUCUGGGCAAGGACAUUUCAAGAACAUGUCAAACUAAGGAGAGCUCGGCAGAAUGCAUCUCUUGCUAAUAGACCAGCUGUUACACUGCACCAUGAACCUGCGCAAGCAGUACCAAGUAAAAGUUUCUUCCAACAAUUCUGCCUGCCCUUUGACCUGACCCUUGACCUGACUGAUUUGUCAGGUCACAUGACUUGGCCAAAUGUUCCAGAAUGUGCGGUUACCAUAGUUACGUUGAAGACAGCUGCAAGAUUUACGACAGAUGCAGGCUCAUCCACCCAAAAACCAUUGAGAUAUAUCAGGGCAAGCCUUCAAGGUGAUCAGAUCUUUUGUCAAGUUGGAGACGCCGUACGGAGGUCUAAUGGUGUCACCAACCCCUCCAGACACACAUGGGGGACACCCUUAGCCAUCGACAGCAUCAGGAUGAAGGUGAAUCUUACACCAUUCACCAUGGACAUGAAAACCCAAGUGAAUUCUCUUCAAGUUGAAUCCUGUCUGGAUCUCCACUCGGUCAUCGAGCACAUCCUCAGUGUGACCUCGGAACAGGAUGUUCGAGGACAAAGGUCGGAGAGGAAGAGGGUAACCGUCCAAGCUGGCAAGCCUCGGGCGAAGAGGGCGUACAAAGUUGAUGUGGUGCUGACUGACUUCAAUGCGUUUGUUUGUAGCAAUUUAAAAGAGCGUAUUAUGCUGCGAGUGGAUAGCGUCAACGUUGACACAGAUACUGAGGCUGACUCUACAGUGGCCAUCAAAGGAACCAAACUGCUCGGAGUAACAAAAGACAGCAAGGUCUUUGACUGUGUUGGGUACAAACUUCUACCAGAAGCCACCAUUGAUGUUACACUUAUCAAUCUGAAAUAUUCUUCAUCUGCCAAGGUUUUGAGUGCUGUGAUUGAGGACAUGUGCUGCGCUCGCUGGAAUACCACUUGUCACAUGACCAUGUAUCAUCAUGUCAAGGAGGUCGUCCUGUUUGCUCAGAAGGUCAAAGGGCUUCGACCUAAGAAGGACAGAUUAAUCUUAAGUCCAGAUGCUCCUGUUAUGACAUCAUCAACGGACUCCGACCUGGUGCUCAAAGUAUGCCUGAAUGUCAAAUUGGUGCAAUUCUUCUAUCAUGUCAACCCCACACAAAUGAAUGUGAUAUCUGUGAAGGAGGUUUAUGCUGUGAAGCAGGGAUCAGGGUUACUCAAAGUAACAUCUCCAGAGGUCAUCAUUGGAUUCGAUGGACAUCCGAUAUUCAUUAUCAAGUCGGUGUGUAUUGAGAAACUGGUAGACAAUGGACAGCUGCUUGAAGACAGAAGGAGCUUUGAUACGCUGACUUCCAUCACUAACAGAGCAUGGGGCCUCUAUGGCAGGUCAGUCAAUGUGGAGUUUCCGUACAACUAUGAUUUUGCUUCCAAUUAUGAUGAGAUAAUCAAUUUGAUUAAAUGGCUAAAGCAGUUACACAUGCCUAAGAAGGAUCGAUCCAUUGAUGAGCCUUUAUAUGCAGACAUACUACUCAGAAUCCAGACUUUGGUCGUCAAGCUGCAUGACGAUCCAUUUGAAGUAAAACUAGGAGACAACUAUCAGUUGAUGAAGGAUGAGAGACUUGAGAGUGAGCGACGGAGAGAGAUUCUUGACAACAAAGUAGCGGAGUUACGUCAGACCCAUGGAGAGUUGCUGUCAGGUAGACAAACCAAGCGUGUAGAAGAGCUCUACAUUGCUUUAGAGAGGAAGAACAUGGACAUCUACAUCAAGCGUUCCCAGCGACUCUAUUCCAACUCACCUGGCCCACAGCCCCUAAUGACCCUGACAGUCACUGGGGCUGAGAUCAGUGCACUGGCAGACCCCUCUAUGAAUGGAACUAAGAACAUUGUUAAACUCAUGAGAGACAUUGACACAGCAAGCCCCUAUCCAAGCGAAGGACUUGACUUCACAACACUUUUCUGUCGUCUUGUACGCGGUCACGCCAAGUCUCUUGAUUUACAGCUACGUGGCUAUCCACAGAGUAUCUGGAGGAUUGAUGAUUGGCACUUCUGGGGAAGGGUGAUUGGGGCUGAGCAAGCUGGGUCACCCAGAGCCAAGCGAGAGAGUACUGUCCAGGUAGGGGCACCAUGGGGUGACGCUAAGGUAACCCGAAGUAUGCCACCUUUGAAGUUCAUCCAUGACUUGGCAACAGAUAUAACUGAAAUGCAUAUUGCAUGGGGUCCAUGCAUCGAGCCAGCCUGGGCUCAGGUAGGUCUAGCCCUGGACAUGCUCAAUAAGGCUACAGUGGAUCCCAGUAACCCAAUGCCAUUCUGGGAUAAGACUAGGCUCUUGCUCCAUGGGCGACUCAUUGCAUGCAUGCAGAAGUGUAACCUACUCUGGUUGUCUACGAGAGACCCAUACGUUUCCACUGAGCAGCUGGAUACAGAAUGGCAGAACAUUUACAUGGAUUGGACAAAUGCACAUUUCCUGAUCAAAGGAGACCUAGAUGUGUAUGUUAGAACUGCUUCCAAAUACGAUGACGUCAGAUUGAUGCAUCUGCCAAACUUCAGACUUGAGAUCGGCCUAGAGUGGUUGUGUUUUGGCGAUUCUAACGAUCAUCAUUCAGUCUUGCCGUGUGCACCGGAUAAAGUGCCAGAUCACUCCAGGAAUGAGAAGCAUGACUCCUUUGCAGCUUUUCGAUCGCAGAAUGUAAAUAUGAGCAUUUCACUGGACAUCAAGGGACAUGAAAUGGAUGUAGAGGAGCCUGACGUUGCAGCGUGUUUAUUUUACAGUACAACAAUGAGAUGGCUUCAGAUGUUCCAGGCCGUCAGUAUAGUAGGAGCAACAAGACCCACGAGACGUGGGAAGCUCUUUGAUAACAUCAGGCCAAGGAAGCCAACCUUAGGAAGGCACUACAAGUGUGUGGAAUUAAAGACUUCCUCCCCUACGGUGAUGCUGAACUACUGGGCGUCAUUUGCUAAACAGCGAGGCAUAGAGAUUUGUAUGGGGCAGUACAGCCUGGAGCUCAAAUACACCUUGCAGCUCAGUGAUCUAAUGGACGGACUCGUACAUAGACCCAAUGCUGAUUGGUCAGUUGCUGAGAUGCAAGCUGAGUUUGGUGAAAGCCACGCCUACCUCUACACUUCCCAGACAGAUGAACAGGCAAGAGUUCCUUUGAUGUUAAAUUCCUCCAUGGCUGAGAAGCACCAUGUGGCUAGUGUAUCAAGAGUUGGGUACUGCAGACAGCAGAGCCGCUCAAUGAACCUGGAUGAUCUGAAUUAUUCACCAUCUGAUGAUGAAGAUGACGUCAUUGAAGAGGAGAGAGAUAACACUGCCAAUGAGGAGAGGGAUUACAUUCACAAGUUGGUGGUAUACGAGUUAAGAGUAUCAUGGACACGAUUCAAUCGGGACUCGGUGUUUGGAUUGUACGAUACUUACAGCAAGUCACAGAUGCUGAAGAAUAAUUUGUCUACUGAAGCACUAAAAGGAGUGAAAGUAGAGAGUGCUGCACAAACUAGAUUGCAGCAGAAUGUAACACCUGGUAACACACCUCUAGCAGCCACUAAUACCCCAAGUCCCAUGAGUAGACUCCAGACUGGGCAUGGUGCUACGAUGCUUCAUCAGUUACUGUCAGAAGCUGACACCAAAUUCAUGGUGUUCUCGGAAGAGACAUCAGGGAGUAGUGACAAACCACAUGGAGUUAAAGCUUGUUCGACCAAAGAUGUCACCAUGAAGAACUGGCUCAUUGAACUUGAGAACAGCCAAGUAAUGCUAAAGGGCUGUGGAGCUUCUGGUUAUGUCAUCGUCUGUGCGUCUAGCGCCAAGGUCAUGCAAUGUUCACAUCUACCUGUAUGGAGGGAAGGUCACCUGACUAAUAAAACCAGCUGGGUGGGAAAGCUUGACGGCCUUCAGUACUUUGCCACUGUCGAGACUCUCUCCUCCAACACCAAAGAUUCCGUCCAAUGGCUACCCAUCUCCAUCAUCGAACCCAGCCCACAGAAGGUGACCGAUGCUCCAGACAUGGUGGGUAGUGGAGAGUCUGUGGGUGGGGUAGUCACUGACACCGUAGGAGCAUCCUCAGAGGACAUGGCUAAGGAGUCGGUUCAGCUGCAGAGGAUAGCCUCAAGAUGUAACUGUCAGUUCUAUUAUGCUAGUUAUGGAGGUGAGGUGAAUCAAAGUGUAGCUGCUGAGAUGCUGCAGUCGGCAAGUGACCAGGAUGAGGAUUCUGACAGUGUAUUAAGAAAAGAGGAGGGAGUGGACUCUAUGGCUCUAAUGUACCAUAACCUGGAGCUAUGUACAAACUCUGCACAGUAUGCAAUGAUCAUGGAUAUCAUAAAUAAUCUAUUGCUGUAUGUGGAACCCAAAGUCAAGGAAGCCAUGGCGAGGAUGCAGCAUAUGAGAUUUGCAUUGGAGCUAUCCAGCAUCGAUGACCAGAAAGAACCCAUCAUGCAGUUACAGAAUUCACUCAGGAAUCUUGUGCUGCAGUUACGACAAUUAGAGAGAGAUCUGUACAUGGCUGAUAGGGCACUUCAGGAAACCCCUCUAGAGCUGAGUUUGUCCGCACACAUCACAGAUAUAGAGUUGCAGGUGAACGAAUGCAAGGAGUCAUUAGUGAAUGCCAGCGAAGAUCUAAGAAUUAUGAUCAGCUGCUUUAAGGAAAUUCAGUUGCAGAGAGCUGUGAAGAGAAAACUACAAACAUCACAAGGCCCUAGAGUGUCGCGCCGUGUUGAGGUAUGUUUCGGUUCAGCAAAGUGGAGAUUAACAGAGGAGGACGGCCAACUUGGCAUUGCUGAUGUGGAAAUCAGACAUUUCAAGUACACCCGUACAACCAAGAAUGAUGAGACCAGCGAGCACCUGGCUGAGCUGGGUUGGGUCACAAUAAAGAACCUCCUGGCCAAUGAUGUCUACAAAGAUGUCUUAAGGCCCCAAGAUUCACGAGGCAAGACCAGACAGGUUGCUCUGCGAGUUAUUGCGAGGGGAAAACCACCAGUGGGUGGCAUCUCAGUGCAAGAGAACUUUGAGUUGAGUGUAGUUCCUCUUAGCAUCCAGCUCACUCAUAAAUUCUUCAAGAAGAUGAUGGGAUUCUUCUUCCCUGGACGCUACGUGGAUCAGGAUCCCCCUGAGGAACAAAGUAAAGGUGGUGAUGAUGACCUGGAGAGCAUGGGGUCUUUUUCAAGGACGGGUAGCAUCAGAUCAACGAGCAGUGAGGAAUCUAUUGGCUCAACACGAGAUUCCAUGAAAGGCAAGAAAAAGGGUACCAUGCAACGACAACGAGAGGCCAACAUCAUUGACAAGAUGAAGGAAAGAGCAAGGAAUAACAUGUUCUAUAUGAUCAAAAUUCCGUCAGUUCCACUAAAUGUCAGUUACAAGGGAGAAAAGGAGAAGAACAUUGAGGAUGUACAAAACUUCCAUCUUGUCUUACCAUCUCUGGAGUAUCAUAACUGUACAUGGACUUGGCUGGAUCUUCUCAUGGCGCUGAAGAAGGAGUAUAAACAGGCUCUCGUGUCUCAGGCAAUUAAGGAAAAGCUGAGGUUCAAGAUAAGAAGUAAGGAGGAAGGAGCCUCAAGCACAGAUAAAAGGGAGGAUGCAGACAAAGUCAAGCUUCUUAUGGGAGCAAAGGUCACCAAUAUUGCUUCCGAAGAAAAGUCAAAGAGGGCGCUGUUUGGCAAAGGACAGAACAACCAUUGAUCUAGCCUGAACAUCUGACGUCACACUUCGAGGCUUGUGAAUAAGACCAGAUACCGGCCUCCAGCCGGUGUGUACAUUCACCUUUAACCUACAUUCAUUUCACAUAGAGAGACAUGUAGCAAUAAAAUGCUAUGGCAGACAUUAUAGGGAUGUACUGUGUAGGCAUCUUUGGAAAGCUCAUGUCAUUUGAAAGAAUACUUGAACCCAUUUACCUUUUGGCCUUUAAUGCUACUCUACAAGUGUGCUCAACUAUUUUAAAGGGCUUUAAAAACCUAAGAUUUGUUUUUUUUUUGUAUCUUCGAAGCAUUGCGAGUUCUGCACUAAUGACCUUAUAGUCCUAAGCUGAGGAUAUAUUGAUCCUCAAUCUAUCCUAAUUUGUUGUUUGAAAGAAUACUUGAACCCAUUACCUUUUGGCCUUUAAUGCUAAAGGUUUUCUGUUUUCUGUUUGGCUUGAAUAACAGGCAUGCAACUUCACAAACUUUCCUUCAUUUCUGUCCUCAAAAAAUAAAAUAAAAACUGUACAAAGUUUUUUAUUCCUGGUAGUUUCUUUUUUUUCCUGCAAAAAUUAAAGCUGCAAGUCUGGUCUUAUAUUCAGCUAGAAGUUGUUAGUAUCAAGAAACGAUUUGUAUAAAAACCAAAGAUUUUGUGAGAGUUUUUUUGUAUUUCCAAAGCAUUGCGAGUCUUGCACUAAGGACCUUAUAGUUCUUAUCUGAGGAUAUAUCGAUGCUCAAUCUAUCCUGUGUUGUUGUUUGAAAGAAUACUUGAACCCAUUACCUUUUGGCCUUUAAUGCUAAAGGUUUUCUGUUUUCUGUUUGGCUUGUCCUGUUUGGCUUGUUCUUGCGAGUCCUGCACUAAUGACCUUGUAGUUCUGAGCAGUGGAUAUAAAGAUGUUUAUUCAAUCCUAUUUUGUUGUUUGAAAGAAUACUUGAACCCAUUUACCUUUUGGCCUCCACUCUCCUUCAGUUCAGUCAUCCAAAAUAAAACUGUUUGCUGUUAAAUUUUUACCUCUAUGACAGCAUUAACACUUGCAAUAUUUUAAAAGUCUUGACACUGUGGGUUCAACCCUUAUUCUGUGACAAGAAAUCAUGUAUUUUAAAGUUUUAACUUCAGAUAUUAUUGCAAUUAUCAAAUGUAGCUUAAACAUAUUAUAAGUUUAACAAAUAUCCCACCUUUAAAGGGGAAAACGUGGAGAUUAUGAAAAAUAAUUGCCAAUAUCAAAUACAACACUAUUUUUGUCUUCUUUUUUCUAAAUAGCAUAUUAAAAAGCAUUUAAUUUCAGUUGUUGAAAUAUCUGUAUAAAUUGCAAAUAAUUGUAUAAAUAAAUUAUUGAUUUCAUUUGUAAAAUUCUCUUUAAGACAUAAAGUGAUCAUGUUUUGAUUACCACAUUUUUCUUUUUAUAAGUUAUAUAUAUUGUUGAUGGCAAUUGAAAACGGAAAUUAGAAAAUCAUAAUUUAUCAAAUAAUUAAUAAUUAUGCACAAAGAUACUACUUCAUUAUUAUUAAUUUUCUUAAAUUGUGUAACUUUCCAUUUCUGCAAAGUUUCAGGCAAGUGCAUACCUCAAACCAAUGAAUUCACCCUGUCAAGUCUGAUGCCACUUAAAGGCACUGGACACUUUGGGUAAUUACUCAAAAUAAUUGUUAGCAUAAAAACUUACUUGGUAUUUAGCAAUGGAGAGCUGUUUAUAGCAGACUGGUUGAUAGUAUAGAACAUACCCCCCUCUGAGAAAUUACCCCUCAGAAGUUAAAUAGUUUUUGAGAAAAAGGGAAUUUCUCACUCAGAUAUUGAACAAUUUCACUUGAAGCCUUUUUUAUGCUUCUGAAAGCCCAAAAAGUAAUGCAAAUUCGAUGACCAGUUGAGCUCACUUUUUUCACAGGUUUGUUGUUGUAUGCAUUUGUUGGGAUACACCAAGUGAGAAGACUGGUUUUUGACAAUUACCAAAUUAAUGUGUUCAGUGCAUUUAACAUCAAUUUACCCAAUCACCUUAAGAUGAAUGUGAGUGUUCUCUAAAAAAUGAGUGUAAUGCUUCUUCCUGCUUGCCCACAGCGUUUGUUGCCAUAAAAUGUCUUUUGAAAUAGUUUAUAGUUUUAUAGUUUAUUGAUAUUAUACAGUAGUUAAUCUUUGACAGAUCAUCAAUUAAUUCAAAGAAACAACAUGAACAAAAUGUGAUAUCCUGGGUGAAGUCGGUGUUAACUAGGUUUAAUUAAGGUUAAAUUACAAAUUAAACGUUUUUUAACUUGUUUGGGUUGAUCAAAAUUGACUUGAGCAGGAUUGAACUAAAUUAACUAGAGCAUGGUUUGAACCAACGACUUCCGGGUUAACGUGCCGACGCUCCACAAUUUUUUUUUAUUUUUUAUAUUUGUUUUUUAUAAAACCUUUUGUAAUAGAUUAAACUUCUUUUGUAGGCCGAAAGUCAUCAUCGUUAACUGUCUGGGGUGGAUUUCACAAAGAGUUAAGACUAGUCUUAUAUCGACUUAGGACGAGUUACUCGUCCUAACUUAGGACU